AUGUCUCUUCUUCUUCUAGCAACUAGUAGAAAAUUUCCUACGUCUAUAUUUCGUCAGCGGAUUCUUCUAUUCACUCCUCGUCUUCUUUCUUCAAAUCAAGUUAAUAAUGAUAUCCUUCAAGCUCAAAAGCAACAACUUAAAGUUGAACCUCCAUCACCUAAACAAUCUCCUCGUCUUCGUCGUUAUCAUUAUUAUCUAUUAUCAAUCGCUACUGGAGCAUUAAUAGGUACAAUCUAUGCUUUACGUCAAGUACGAAAACAUGAAGGAGUUUUACCUGAAUAUGUUUCGAAUCCUGAAAUACUCGAACGUAAAGCUAUGGAUGCUCGACCUUUACCACCACCUGUAACUAAACAUAUUGAAUUUGAUGCUCCACCAAGAGUCAAUUUUCCAUAUCGUUUAACACUCUAUCAAUAUGUCACUUGUCCAUUUUGUUGUAAAGUACGUGCUUAUCUUAAUUAUAAUCGUAUACCAUAUGAUAUUGUUGAAGUAAAUAGUGUCAUGCAUACUGAAACAAAAUGGUCUUUAUAUGAUCGCGUACCAAUUGUAGUUAUUGAAAAUGAACAUAUACAAUUAAAUGAUUCAAGUAUGAUUGUAUCAGCUAUUGAAUCAUAUUUACGUCAACCAACAAAAACAUUUAAAAAUAUUAUGAAAUCGUAUAAAACAAUAGUUGAAAAAAAUCAAAAAGGAAAAUUAUUUUUUACUUAUCCAAAUAAAUAUGUUAUUGUUGAAUCAUCUAUUAAUGAUCAAUUAGAAGUCAUUGAAAAAGAAGAGAAAUCAGUAAUUAAUAAUGAAUCGAAAUCAUUCUUUGCUAGAUGGUUUUCAAAAUCUUCACCUCAACCUGAAAUUAAACCGAAACAAAUUCUUCAAAAGAAACAUUCUAAUGAAGAAAAUCAAUUCGAACGUCAAUGGCGUGAAUGGGUUGAUAAUAAAUUUAUUCAUGUAGUAUCACCAAAUAUUUAUUGUACAUUAAGACAAUCAUUAGAUACAUUUCGUUGGUUUUCAAAAGCUGGAGAUUGGGAAGAAAUAUUUCCAUGGUAUCAACGAUGGAUUAUUGUUUAUCUUGGAGCAAUUGUUAUGCGUGGUGUUUCAAUACAUUUAAAAAAGAAAUAUAAUAUAAGUGAUAAUGUUAGAAUAUCUUUAUAUGAAUGUGCUAAUGAAUGGGUUGAUGCUAUCGGAGAUAAAGAUUAUCUUGGUGGAUCAGAACCAAAUCUAGGGGAUUUAAAUGUUUAUGGUGUUCUAACAGCUAUUCAAGGAUGUGAAGCAUUUCAAGAUCUAAUGACUAAUACAAAGAUUCAACCAUGGUUUGAACGCAUGAAAAACUUAGUCGAACCUCAUCGUAUUGAUACUCCAGUUCGCCAUAAACACUAA